GAACUUUCCUCUACAUAUUUUCCAAUAUUGCGCUAAUAUACUGUGCAACUAAGGUAGUUAAAAAAAAUCGUGAGUCUUCGAAAAAUAAAUUGAUAACAUUCGACUCCUUCAGCGUUCCCUUUCAAUUCUUCCCCUUUCCGUAAUGUAUCGCGUCGCCAAGACGUUUUUCGAGAAGUGAAAUAUAUAAAUUUCGAUUGUUACGUUUUUAACGACUGAAUGAACAUUCAUAUUCUUUGCAGAUCACUCGACGCAACAAUUCCCGGCGCGAUCUAAUUCUGAGAUAAUCGGGACGACACUAACGUAUCAGCCAUGAAGCCAAUCCUGUACAAAGUCGAAACGUACAUCAUGCCCGAAACGGAGAACUUAUCGGUGAUUAAUGAGAUCGAUAAUCUGACAGCCGGGAAGUUUAGUCUCAGCAGCGAAAGCGUGUUCAGAAAUAACGCGCAAACCGAGGAAGAUGCGUCGCACGCUUCGUACAUUAAAUGCGACGAAUUCGCCAUGUUCUCUGCCGAGAACAGCAAGCUGAUAGGUAUAAAAAUCGUGAAAAUCGUGAAAAUCGUAACGAACGAGACUCUCAACGACGAAUAUUGCGAUGAGGAAAUCUUAAAACAUUAUACCAACGACAAUUUUUGUCGUUCCAAGGAGCGCCUGAGCGUGCAAAAACCGGAGUUUCAGGCGUCGAUUGGGCCGCAGGAGGCGUUGUACCCCGCGAGACAAUUCAGCCGAGUCAACAGUUUGACGUCGAUUGACGAGAAAAGCGAGAACUCGUUGGACAAGCUGGCCGACCUGUGUCAUCACGGCUUCAAGAACGGCUGCACCGCGUCGAUCCCGUCGCCCGAGGAAGUCAGCGAGGAGGUCUUCAGGAAGAAUUGGCUGCAGAAAAUCGAGGUCCUGAGACAUCGCGAAGCCAUCCUGCGAGAGAAGGAGAUAAAUCUGCAAAAGAGAGAAAGGGAGCUGUUUAGGAGGGAGAAGGAGCUGAGAAUCGCGGAGAGAAUCUUCAAUGAUAAAGUCAGACAGAUAGAGCAGCAUUUAAGAGACCAAGAGUACAAGAUAGUGGGAAAGAGGCUGGAGGCAGCAGCGCGAAUUUUGUACGAGGUUGAGAAAUCCGACUAUCUAUCGGAAGAACAAAUUCCGAGGAAAGAGGAUACUUCAAAAGAGGAAGAGAUCGCGAAGAAAAAAGAGCUUCCGAAAAAAGUAGAGAUUCCGAAAAAGGUAGAAAUUCCAAAAAAUUGUCAACCUGUCGUGACGAAGAAAGAAGAUGUUUCGAAGAGGGAAGAGGUUCCNAGGAGAGAAGAGUUUGCGAGAAAAGCAGAGAUUCCGAAAAAGGCAGAUAUUUCGAGAAAUCCACAACCUGUCGUGACGAAGAAAGAAGAUGUUUCGAAGAGGGAAGAGGUUCCAAGGAGAGAAGAGGACCCGAGAAAAGUAGAGAUUCCGAAAAAGACUGAGAUUCCAAACAAUCCUCACCUUCUCGCGCCUACCGCACACAUCACCAAUCCAUGCAAGAGGAAGGAAGAAUAUGAUAGAAGUAAAACAACGUAUCCGAUCCGUUCAGGCGCACCGUCGAGGAAUUCUUCGAGGAAUCACUCAUAUGUUAGCAUAAGGUACAAAGAGCGACCUAUGAUAAAUCAUGACGACAUGAACUCGAUGUCGUCAGCCGCUAGCGUGAACUCGUCGGUGUGGUUUAAUCCGGAGUUUUACAAAAAUCCGCACGCAUUCGUGAGAUUCACGAGAUCGGUGAGCGAGCGAAGGACCAGGCACAAGGAUACCGCGGGGAAGCUGCAGCAAGUAGUCGAGAUGCCUAAGCACCUGAUCAAAGAGGACAGCAUCUUCCGUAAAGUCAGCGAUUAUAUAUGCGCCUUGCAGAAGACGAGAUUCCAGAAUUACGGGCUCGUGGAUUGCGUUCCGGCCGGAAGUUCAACAGAAUGUAACUCUCAAGAGAAGCUGUCCUCGUAUCUCGACAUAGAAAUUGGCGAGAAAAGUAGCCAUCGUCAAAGUUUGGCCAGCGUUUACAAGGAGAGGCCGGUGUCCUGGGCCAGCAAGAUGGACGAAUUGCAGCAAAACAAACGUCUGGUGUACGAUAUAGCGACCAAGCAGUUUACUGAGAACAAGGAGAACGCCGUGUGCAAUACGCACUCCACCGUGGAGGCUUUGGCGAAGCCUAAAAAGUCGAAAAAAUUCUUCCUAUUUUGUUAGAGCAUUUAUGAUACUAUUGAUAAAUACGGUAGCGUCUAGAACAGACAUGGCCGAUCUACGAUCCGCGACAGUCUUAAAAAUAAAAAAUUAAGGAAGGAAAAGAGCCUAAAGCUAGCUUUAAUUUAACAUUAAAACCAGUUUUAGUAUUUCUUCUUAGAAUAAGGAACAAAUUUUAAUAUUUUUAAGACUGUUUCGGGCCCGCGAAGAGCUUGAAAAUUUAGAAUGCGACUCGAAAGAGGUUGGCCAUGCCUGGUCUAGAACGAGUCUAUUGGGUGAUAACACGAGGACUGGUUCUACGCUUAUCGUUUCCGAGUUUGACAAGAAUCUUCGGACGAUGCGACGAUCUCAAUUUAGUAUAAUGUAAAUUUAAUGUGAGUUGUACAGUUGUAAGUUUGUAUAUACAUUGAUUUCAUUAUGUUAACAGGGUAAUUCUCACUCU